AUGCUCGAAGCCGUCUACGCCACAACGCCCGACCCCACAGAGAAAACCCCCAUCCCGCCUCCAGAUUGGGAAGUGCUGAUCUCUCAGAUCGCCGACGACAUCAUCGCCGAGCGGUCGCCUAAACAGAUCCUCGUUGUGAGGGCGAAGCUGUAUGACCUGCUGACGCAUUGCAUACCGCCGACGAUGGUGAUCAAGACCUUAUGCUGGAAGUUGGUCGAGAGGGUGGAUGAGGAACUGAAGCCGGAGAUGGUUAGGUGGGCCGCGUUUUAUGAGCAUAGGAUCAAGUUGGGCAGUAAGGUUAUCUUCCAUCUGGAGGCUUAUGUGGCCAAGGUGAUGAGGGUUUAUGAGAUGUUUUAUGCCGGCAUGGGCUUGGAUCUUGAUUGA